AUGCAAUCCCCCAAACCCGCCUCCCUUGAACCAGCUGUAUUCGUGACGAGACCCAGGAUGGCUGAGACUAUUGAGAUUGCGCGCGUGCGUGAGUGUGUGUAUAUAAGCAUAUGGCAUAGCAUAGCGUCGCAAAGCCAAAAAGAAAACCCCCCGCCGCCGUAA